AUGGGAGGAGGUUCUGGAAAAGGAAUAAAUCAUAUCAAGGAGUUCCUUAUUCAUAUUCGAGCUCUUCCCAUCACAGCGCCAACCGCUCAGGUUUCUAUCCUCAAAUCUAGUCACCAGACUACACCCCAUAAUCUAUCUAGGGCACCCACGGGAACGGUUCCUAACUCAUCGUCGGGAGGCCGCACAAGACCUGCAUCGCUACCAAGAACACCGGUUCCUGACCGCCAGGCCCUACUGCAAGCAUACCCAACACCCCUCCCUUUAUUAGUAGAGCACCAAGCGGGGUAUCGAAGGUAUUCCGUAGCCCAAAACUCGCGCAGAAGGCCGAUAGAAGCGGCGGUGAGGAUUUGGUGCAAGAGGGGGCUGCGGCUUGUGUUCGAGGCGAAGAAAAGGAGACAAGACAGAAGAUCUCAGGCCAAGGUCAGGCAUAUAUCGAAGAUGGUUAUCAACCCGAUGCCACCCCAGUCUUGCUUGGACGUUUCUCUGCCGAGUGACAACGACUUUGCGUCCAAGUCUCAGUUUCGCAGCUAUUCUGAAGAAGACGUAUUGCAGAUUCUUUGUCAACAACUCUUCACCAAUUUCUGGGCAGAUCGUGACGAGUUGGUGUCUCAGCAAUACUUGAAGUGUACAAUGGACGACCAGCCGUGGUUCCAACAACCUAUGGCUGCGGAUAGCGGAGAUGAGGUUUGCACGACUGAGGGCCUUUGUAAUGACUUCUUUCCGGGUGCUGAUACGAAUACGCCAUACGGCAGAACCCAAACGGCUGCCGCUAGUGUCUCAGCCGUAAAUCCUGGAUGGGACUUUGACCCGAGUCACACCCAACAGAACAAAGAGACAGCGGGAAACGAGCAGAUGUUCUUAACAAACCUUCGCACGUCAAACGGCUAUGCUCGAGGUUAUGGGGCAAGCAACGACCCCCAGAAUUUCCCCUGGCAGACGUACAAUACGACCGUGGGCAACCAAGUGAUAAACUAUGCCGAGUUCCCCGACGGCCUUGCCAAUAACUGUUACUCCAACCUGCCCGUAUUCGGGGAGCUUCCAGACGGCCUCGAGGUUAUACCUAAUAGCUUCUCUUCCCCGGUACCCUCCUCGGGAACUUCUGAAGCCAUGGCCGCGAUGAGUCUCAGCCCUAUGGCGGUACACAGUAAUGCAACCGAGAGCGCUCAAGGACACGACUCUGUCACCAUGCAAGAUAACUCCGGAAACGCUUGGACGAGCUGCCCUUCUACCAUUUCUCCCAAGAUGCUGCGACUACAACCGUCGCCGACUCCGACCUCCUCGUCAGAAUCAAUCCAUGCCAAUCUAGUCACAGGCGGAGAUUCCGAUAUGGGUGCGUCUUCUUUCGAGCAUCCCCAUAGCCACCAUCACCGUCAUCAUCACGCUCGUGAUUCGUUCCCUUCUCAGAGGUCGACGCAAAAGCAAAGGAAGGAUCUCCCCAGCAAGCCAGGAAGGCCACGCCCGGCACAAAUAGCCUCUCCCGGCUCAUCAACCUCCAAAGAUAAGACGCCCGCACCCCCCUCGCAUUCCGUGAGCAUCCAACAAACCCCACACAAGACCCGGAGUUUGCAAGUAAAGCAAGAAAGCCAAGAUGAUAUGUCGUCUUCCGGGUUUGAAGGAUCAUCUAAGCGUGAUAACUCUCACAGUGUUAGGAUCGGGGAUGGGGGACGGUCGGCCAAGGACGAGUUUCUAGUGCGAUCGAAGCUGUCAGGCAUGACGUACCGAGAGAUCCGGCGUAAGGGCAACUUCACCGAAGCUGAGUCCACGUUACGGGGGCGGUUCCGGACGUUGACAAAGGACAAGGAAGCGCGUAAACGGAAGCCCGAAUGGCAAGAAAACGAUAUUCGCCUCCUGAAGAAAGCGGUUCGCAAGCUCAGCAGAGAAAAUAGCCUCAUAUUGCCCGCUAGAAUACCCUGGGGACAAGUCGCCGAUUACAUCCUUAAUCACGGCGGCUCUUAUCAUUUCGGUAGUGCUACGUGCCAUAGGAAAUGGAAGGAACUGGCAGAUGAGAACACGGCGUGA